AUGGUUGCAGAUACUAUAAUUUAUCAUCCAACAUUAACUAAAUUAGUUAAAUUUUGGGAUUCAACACCUCAAAGAGAAAAAUCUUUUAGAUUAUUAGCUUAUUUAUCAAGAUUUUUAGCUUAUUAUACUUAUAAAAAAGGUUAUUCAAAAGAAACAAUUGAUAUGUUUAAAUCUUUAAAAGGUCAUUUUACAUUUAUUAGAAAAGGUAUGCGUUUUUUUAAACCUGUUCCACAUUUACAAGCUGCUGCAAAAGCUUAUGAUAAUAAAUUAAUGGAUCCAAUAUUACAAAUUACAACAAUAAUUAGAAAUUUAGGUUAUGCUGGUUAUUUAACUAUUGAUGCUUUAGUAUUUGCUAAAUUAUUAGGUAUUGUAUCAAGUAAAAAAUGGCCAAAUUUAUCAACUUAUGCUUCAAGAUUUUGGUUAAUUGGUUUAAUUGCUGGUAUUAUAAAUUCAUUAAGAAUAAUAUAUUCAUUAAGUAAUUAUGAACAUAAUUCAGUUGAUGAAAAAUCAGAAAUUGAUUAUAAAGCAAUAAAUAAUAAAUUAUAUGCCGCAAAAAGAAAAUUAAUUUGGGAUUUAUUAGAUAGUUUUAUUGCAUUAAAUUCAUUAGAUUACUUACAUUUCACUGAAGGAGAUGUUGGAUUUGCUGGUGUUAUUACUUCUAUCUUUGGUUUAGAAGAUAUGUGGAAAGCACAAAAAAUUUAG